AUGACGCUCAUUGACCCUUGUGUUGACUGCGCCGACGCGCUGGAGAGCCCUAACCACCAUCUCGGCAUGCUUGUCUCGAUGGAAGACGGGUUUCGGACAGAUGACACAGUAAUUCAGAUUGCCUUCGUCAUGAAAUACAGCACCACCUCCAGAUCUCCGCCGCACAAAGGGUGCGUUGUUCGUAGAUCCAUCCGCAAUGCUCUGGGGCCCACGAUCCAGCUCUCGAAGAUUGAUUUCGAGCCAUGGGUUCUGAUUCCGGCCGAUGACGACGCAAGGUCGAUUUAUGUACAAGAAAAGUAUACUCGAAUCCUGAGGGGAGUGCUCGAGUAA